AUGCCUCUUAAAGAUGGCUCAGCCACAACAAUUGGCAACGAGAAGUCUACUGUAGACAAUGCUUCAGCGCAGCAGCCACCGCCGCCGCCGCCUCCCCCUCCUCCCCCAAAUGGUGGCCUUAAGGCCUGGAUCCAAGUGCUUGGAGCGCAUUUUCUUUUUUCCAAUUCAUGGGGACUCGUGAACUCCUUUGGUGUCUUUCAGACCUACUAUCAGGAUGAUCUUCUGAAAUCGUCCAAUGCUUCUGAUAUCUCAUGGAUCGGCACUUUUCAGGCCUUCUUGCUCGUGGCACUUAGUGUCAUUGUGGGCCCAAUCUUUGACCGCGGCUACUCUCGAACACUCAUCAUUGUUGGUACCUUUUUCACAGUCUUCGGUACCAUGAUGCAAAGUUUGGGAACGAAAUAUUAUCAGAUAUUCCUCGCCCAAGGCUUGGCUGUUGGCCUUGGCACUGGCUUUAUUUUCUUGCCUAGUGUGGCUAUUGUUGCUACAUACUUCACAAGCAAGCGGGCCCUAGCUAUUGGAAUUACUGCUUCUGGUGGCAGUCUGGGAAGUGUCAUAUAUCCCAUUGUCUUUGAGCGGCUCCAGCCUACAAUCGGCUUUCCUUGGGCUACCAGAGUCCUCGGCUUUAUUUCCUUGGCAACACUUAUGAUUAGUAUUGCGGUUAUGAGAACCCGAAUACCUCCGCCUAAGCAAGCCCGUGCAUUACUCGAUCUACGCGCUUUCAAAAACAUGCCAUAUUCCUUUUACAGUCUUGGUCUCUUCUUGUCUUUUGCAGGUUUAUACAUACCGAUUUUCUACAUCAUUAUCUGGGCGCAGCGACAUGCAAACGUGGACGCUACGUUAUCGUUUUAUCUUUUGGCAAUCUUGAACGCAACUUCAAUCUUUGGACGAAUAAUUCCCGGCCUGAUAGCUGAUAAGUACGGUUCAUUAGAAACAGCUAUCGCAUGUACCUUGAUCGCUGGUAUCCUUGGCUAUGUUGCAAUUGUUAUCAAGAACUUGGGCGGCAUCCUUGUAUUUGCCAUUCUAUACGGAUUUGUUUCUGGGGCAGUUGUCUCGCUGCCCUCCGCUAUUGUCGCCUCUCUAACGCCUGACAUGAAAUUGGUCGGCACUUGGAUGGGACAGUCAUUUUUCCUUGCCGCACUCGGUAUCUUAAUCGGCAGCCCUAUUGCGGGGACCAUUAUCAACGUGCCGGGAAAUAAGUUUUCUGAUGGAUUCAUCUUCUCUGCUACGCUUGUUAUGAGUGCUGGCGUGUCUUAUAUUGUGGCUAAAGUACUGAAAACUAAAGAGCAGCGAUUGACUAAAGUCUGA